UCUUGAACGCUAAAAUGAGAACUACGCGAUUUGCAUUAGCUCUUCUGCUCUGCCUGCUUCACCUGGCAACGGAAACUUAUGCAGCGGGAGCAACAUACAGGUACAACAACAACAACAUGAAUCGUGGCGGUGCUGCUGCUGCUGCUGCUAUGCACAUUCACAGUCACAGCAACGGCAACAGCAACAGCAACAACAACGUGGAUAGUCGCCAGGAGCAGAGAAUACGGCUCAGCAUGUCCAGAGACAUGCUCAAGUAUAUGAAUUUAAGCUCAGAUCCCUGCGACGACUUCUAUGAAUACGCCUGCGGCAACUGGGGACGUUAUCACACGCGGCAACUGCGCGAAGGUGAGUUGAUCACGGCGCAGCAUUUGAUGGAGUCCAGCAUUGUGGAGCAGCUGCAGCAGCUGCUGACUCUGCCGCUGUCGGCCAACGAGCUGAGCCCCGCGAGCGCUGCGAACGUGCGCAAAGUGCGCAGCUUCUAUGACUCCUGCGUGGCUGUGGAGGCCAACGCCGCGGAGCGUCGCCAGUUCCUGAUGAAGGUCCUGCGAGAACACGGCGGACUGCGAAACGUGGCGAAUUCACACUGGAAACACGAUUACCACUGGCUGCAAAUGCUCGCCGCCUUGCGGCGCAACUAUGGUCUGGAUAUAUUGAUCGGACUGGAUAUCGAUCUCAAUUUGCAGCAGAUGAGCGGGAACAGUGUUUACCUAGGCGAGCCGCGCUUGACCAUCAUACCGGCAGAGCACUGCAAUGCAAUCGCCACACGCCAGGCAAACGUGCGCGACGAGAUCUACGAGCAAAUACAACAACAAGUGGCGGACAACAUGCGGGACUGGUUUGAAAUGGAGAGCGGCGAGGCAGCACGCUUCGGUGGCGACAUAAUACGCUUCGAGUUCGAGCUAUGCAAGCGCAUGCGCGAACAGGAGACCCUGCCGCCAGUGGAGCCCAACAGUCCGGAGGGUCCACCUGUCUACAGCGGGCGUUCACGCGUCGGCCAGGAGCGACUGCGCCAGCAGCAGCCUGGCGGCAGCGCGCAGUAUCCGCGCAUGAAGCUCACGGAGCUGACCACCAAACUGGGCAACUGGCUGGACUUUAAGCUCUUUGUGGAGAACAUUGUGGAGAACGGCUAUCCGGACUAUGUGUACCUGCGCUCCCAAAGCUAUCUGUACCACCUGGUGCGCACCGCGAAGAGCAACAACCAAGUGACGAUUUCCAGUUACAUUCUAUAUCGAGCUCUGUUCGAGCUCAAUCAGCCGCCCGAGGAGCAGGCGAUGAUGCGUCCACGUCAAUGCGUUCGCGUCAUGCAGCGACUCUUUCCCCAGGUGCUGGGCGACAUGUAUCAGCGGCACGUGCAACGCGACGACGUCCAACACGAUAUGGAAGAUGUGUUCAGUGACCUCGUGAAAGCCUUCGAUCAACAGCUCAGAGUCGACUGGAUGGACGACAGCGAUCGACGCACUGCCCGCACCCGCCUAGCCCAAUACCACACUCAGUUCCCGGACUACCAAGGCGUCGAUCUGGCCGGUUUGCACUUUCAAAAGAACGAAGACUAUUGGCGCAAGCUGGAGACGACGUUGCGCUACAACUCGCGUGAGUACUUGAACACGCUGCGUGGCAAUGACUUCGGACAGAUGCCAGAGGACACACUCAAUGCGUUCGAGGUGCGAGCGGCGCUGGUGCCGCGCCAGCAGGCAGUGCUCGUUGGCUGGGGCCUCAUGCAGGCGCCCUACUACAGUCACUACUACCCGAAAGCCCUAAGAUAUGCGCUGCUCGGACAACGCCUGGCCACGGCCCUGCUGCAGGCCUUCGAUGACGAGGGCUGGAACCGGCAUCCUCAAGCGACCGCGCCCUGGAAUGAACUAACCAUGGCUGGCUAUCGUAAUGCCACCGAAUGCCAACGUGCUCAGUAUAGCAACUAUUUGUCGGAUCAGCCCAGCGAGUUUCGCAAUGCCACGAGACUGAGGGAAAUCAUUGCCGAAGCCGGCGCUCUCAACGUGGCCUUCAAUGCGUAUUUGAACUGGUUGGAGCAGGUCGACUCAAAAAUGAUUCCGUUGCUCCUACGCGAAACACUGCCCGAGUUGAACUUCACCAAUACGCAGCUCUUCUUCAUCUACUUUGCUCAGCUGCGCUGCUGGGCCAUGCAGAACGACGAGCCGCCUUCAGAGGCAAUGCCACUCAUGCAACAUACCCCACAACGCUGGGAUGUCAAUGGACCACUGAGCAACUCGGAGGAAUUCGGCAAGGAAUUCAACUGCGCGCUAGGCACGAACAUGAACAGCGGCAAUAAGUGUUUAAUUUUCUAAGACAGAGUAUCCCACAAGAGUUGAAGUAUCUGCUAAGCUAUAUGUGUAAUUCAUCCAAUUAUUAUAUCUAUUAGUUAAUACAGUAUACAGCAAAU